AUGAAGCAGCCGUCCGCAACCAGUCGCGAGUACUAUAUGACUCUAGAAUUGCCUCUCAAUCGGUUAUCGCGACGCCCUGCAUCAGACAACACUGACCGGUCACCACCUCACGGGCUCAGACAAGACACGCCGGUGCCCCUCUCAACCAGCUCCGAGCCGGUGCAAUUAAUAAAUCCCUUUAUCACUGCCGAAAUGCUGCGGACCAACAGUGUUCCAUGGCACGUUUCGCCGGCUUGA